GGCCGGCCUAGCCGCCGCCUCCUUCUCCCGCGACCACGUCCAGCCCCACACUGCCCUCCUCCCUCCCUCCCCCGCGGUUUCAUCGAUUGAUUCGGGAGCCGACGUACGCUGGGUCGUGGUUGUACGGUCCUGGUUGAUUUGGCCUCGUACGUGUGCUCAGGAUGUGUACGGGAGGGAUGGGUGGCCGUUCCUGGAGGACAGCUGCUACUCCGUCGUGUAGGAGGUGCUCUUCCAGAUGCAGGAGGAGCAGGACAAUUUAUAGUUGCAGGCCGUGCAGCAGCAACAAGAGGAUGGGGACGGGGAUGGUGGUGGUGGUGAUGAUGAGGAACCUCAGGUCCAUGCCUCUGCUGCUCCGCAUCGCUGCACCAUGGCCUCUGCUGCUCCGCAUCGCGGCUCCUCAGUCAAGCUCAUGUGACGCCAUCACCAGGACCCUCUGCCGGACAUGCUCCACCUCCUUCGCCUCCAAACUUUUUAGGCUGCUGCUCCUGUGUCCAUGGCAUCCCGGAGAAGCAAGGGUUCUGCUGAUUGUAUUGUCAAAGUGGCUGGGCGCUAUCAUCUUCUUUUGCAGAUUCAUUGGUGCGUGCUCCCCCUGUUACUCGACGCUUAGAAGAAGGAGAGGCAUGGUCUCCACCAAAAACAGAGGAGGAAGAAGUAAGAUGCUGCUAGCCCCCCGUGGCCUGUUGCGUCUCCAAUCAGUGCUUGCAACAGGGGAGCCACAUCCCUGGCCUCUCCAUGCCUCCCCAAGCGCCAACCUAUAG